AUGCUCAUCAACACUACCAUUGCCAUCGCCAUCAUGGCUUUCUUGGCCAACGCUGCACCAGCACCAGCACCAGCUGACGGCAGUAUGCCUUCGACAACUCCAAUUUCCAACAAAACCGAUAGUGCCCCAGCGGCCCCUCUUCCAACAGAUAUCACCAAGCAACUCUUCCUCGCGGAUACCGCAGCCGAUCGAUACACUCUCCUUCCCGAAGACAAGAACUUUGUGUUCAACUUUAACGAUAGCACAAAGUUCAACAAGGGAGGAAAAGGCGGAGACCUCAUCGCCGCCAACCGAAAGACUUUCGCUCCUCUAGUCGGUACCGGCUCCGGAAUGGCAGUCGGCUUCCUCAAAGGCUGCGGCUUCAACACACCACACGUCCACCCCCGGGCAACCGAACUCCAAAUCGUCAUCAAAGGGAAAGUAAUCACUGAAAUGGUUCCCGAGAAUGGAGUCUUCAACGUCCCCAACAAGCCCGAGUCAGGCCGACGAGUCAUCCGCAACGAACUUGGUCCUUUCCAGAUGCAGCCCUUCUAUCAAGGUUCCGUACACUCGCAGUUUAACCCUGACUGUGAGGAAGCACAGUUUAUUGCUAGUUUUAAUGCGGAGGACUUUGGGACUGGACAGGUGGCUGAUGAGUUGCUUGCUUUGGAUGGGGAGAUGUUCACUGCUGCUUUUGGGGAGGCUGUUGAUGCGGAGGAGUUGGAGAAGUUUAGAAAGCAAAUUCCUGCUUCGAUUGCUGAGGGUGUUGCGAGCUGUCUUCAGAAGUGUAACAUAAAGAAGAGUUAUUAG